AUGCUCUGUGGAAAACGAAAUCAAUCUUUAUUAAGGCCGAGAACUUCCAAAUGUUUCCUCACAGUAUUCCUGGCGUUUUAUUUAAAGAAUUUUUGUCUUAGUUACGAUGAAGAGUUUUGCAGAGAAUCCCGCGCUACAAUGGCGGAAGUGCAAACAUGCCCUGCUACUAAAUCGAUGUGGGAUGCAAAAGCAUUGAAGAAAAACUGUUCAUCCUUUUCACAUAAUUGUUCUGGUGUCCUUUCCUACCACUGUCUAAUAAAUCCUUGGCAAAACAAAACCAUUGAAGUUUGUGCACCGCGUACAAAGAUAGGCUUUGGGUUCUGCGCUGAAUAUAAUGCACUAGGAGGAAGGAUACAGGAUUCAUACACACAUAAGUGUUCUUCUUGUAAAAACAACUAUUGGUCAACCGAUGCCUAUAAAUAUACCGAAUGUUAUGAAGCUGUAUAUCGUCAUCGUACUAAGAAUGCUAGCAGAUACGAAACACUAACUUUCAAUCACUUGGUAAACGGAGCAGAUUCGACUACAGCCUGUCUAAAGCUUUAUGUUAUUUUUCUCUAUGUGUAUCUCCUUGGAACUGUAUAAAAGAAUAUAAAAG